GACAGUUGGAGUUGGAUCGUCGGGUCGAUCGCAUCUUAAAGUUUUGUCUCUCUGAAAAAUUUAAAUCUCGAUUUAACUUUGCGAUAUUUUUAAUAGGUUUUCCAGUUCCAAUUAAAAACCUCAAAUUCAUUCACCGCCUGGAAGUGAACGAAUUCGCAACAGUUGGAAAUUAAUUUAUCAAAACUCAUUGUAGAAGUUUUGUGUGUGAUUUUUCCCGCUGAGAUUAGAUUAUUAUAAAUUUUGACUAAAAGUGGGUUUUUACGAGAUUUUUUUUUCUUAAAUAAAGAAUUUCUUUUAAAAUCCGUGCAUUGAAGAAAAAAUAAGAAGAAGUGAGAUUAUAGCAGAUAGACAAACAGAUUUCAAAUGAAAAUAUGCUGAAUGUGCUAAAAUGAAGAAAAUCAUUGAUAAUGGUUAGGUGCCGCCAAAAAUACAUAAAAAAGUGUUUAAUGGACAAUUAGUGCAAUAAAUUGAAACUGUAAUUCAAAUGAAAUUAAAAUCAGUGUUUUGUGUGAAUUAAAUUUGUGCGCGAAAGUCGCCAAUAUAGAGCCUGGGAAGGAAGUACAAGUAAUAAAACAUCUUGACAAAUAACUGUAAAAUGCCACAAUUUUGGAUUUGCGGAAUAAUUUUCUUAUUAACUGUGGGAACGACUUUUGAAUUGGAAUACGAACAUGAAGGCAUUUACUCAAAUGGAAUUGCCGAUGGAAAGUUAGUGAUUCCCAGAAAAGUUGAUCAACAUGGCAACCACCUUUCUCAUUUACUGGAUCACUACCACGAUCAUCAAGCGAAUGAAUCCACUUUGCAUUAUCACUUGGAGAUUGAUAAUGAAACGCUGCAUUUAGAAUUAGAACCAUCACAUGAAUCUUUCAUAGCACCACUUAUGGUUGUAGAACGUCACAAAAGGGAUACGAAGGUGCGAAAAAAAUAUAAGCACAGCAAUACAAGCUCUUGCUUCUAUCAAGGACAGAUACGGGGACACCAUCGAUCAAAAGUUGCCCUUUCGUCUUGCAAUGGAAUUACAGGUUUUGUGGCUACGAAAGACAAAGGUUUCUACUGGGUAGAGCCCUCAAAGAAACAUAAACCUCAUCAUCGUCUGGGUCACCCACACGUGGUGUUUAAAACACAGGAUGUUAAUCCGCACAGUGCGUCUGUUCCGCCCAAGAAAAGACGAAAACACAGGCGCCGGCGAACAAGCACAUGCGGCACCAAAGAGCCAAAACGGAAAGCUGAGACACGGAUUGAGUGGCAACCGCAGGGGAAGGUACUCGUGCAGGGUGGACGACGAUCACGGUAUCGCAAUCUCCGUCGUACAAAGCGAUCCGUGAGUACACCGCAUCACGUUGAAGCCCUAGUGGUGGCAGAUUCAACCAUGAUGACCUUCCAUGAGCACGGUGAUGUGCAAACUUAUCUCCUUACAAUCAUGAAUAUGGUGUCAUCGCUGUACAAAGAUCACACAAUUGGGAAUCUUGUGCACAUUGUUGUGGUGAAGAUUCUCCUUUUGGACGAGGAGGAAGCUGAAGAGGAGCUCAAUGUCUCACACGCAGCUGAGGCUACUUUGGCAAAUUUCUGUCGUUGGCAGAGGAAACUCAAUCCAAAAGACGAUGAUGAUCCACAUCAUCACGAUGUGGCUAUUUUGGUCACAAGAAAAGAUAUCUGCUCUCACAGUGGUUGCAUGACAUUGGGAGUCGCAAAUGUCGGCGGAAUGUGCAGAAUGGACAAAUCAUGUAGUGUCAAUGAAGACAAUGGAAUCACAUUAGCGCACACAAUCACCCAUGAAUUGGGUCACAAUUUUGGCAUGUACCAUGAUACCGAAAAGACUGGAUGUGGCCACCGCAUUGGCUCCAUUCUACAUGUUAUGACACCCAGUUUCGAAGCGGACACAACACACGUGUCAUGGUCAAAUUGUAGUCGUCGCGACAUUACACACUUUCUGGAUCAAGGACUUGGAAAGUGUUUGGAUGAUACACCAACAACGGAAGAAUUGGAGGAAAAGUACGAGUAUCCUGAUCUACCGCCAGGAGCUAUGUACAAUGCAGACUUGCAGUGUCGUCUGCAGUUCAAUACAACCGAUGAAACUGUCCGUGUUUGCUCUCAAAUGGAUGAGAUUUGCUCGCAGUUGUGGUGCCAAGUGGAUAAUUCCUGCAUCACACAACUCAGAGCAGCAGCACCAGGGACUACUUGUGGGAAGCACAAGUGGUGUCAAGAGCAAAAAUGCGUGUUGAUGGAAGAUCUACCGCGACCUGUGGAUGGGGGUUGGGGCAAUUGGAGUGAUUGGACGGAAUGUUCAACAACAUGUGGAGCAGGUGUGUCAAUUCAAAUGCGAGAAUGCAACAAUCCACAUCCCUCAAAUGGCGGAACAUUCUGCAUUGGCGAAAGGACGCGAUACAAGACUUGCAACCUGGAUCCUUGUCCCGACAAUGAACCCAGCUUUCGUGCUGUUCAAUGCUCAAAGUUUAACAAUGAAACAUUUCGUGGGAAAAACUACACUUGGCUUCCAUUCUUCGAUACACAGGAACCCUGUAAGCUCUACUGCACCGAUACUGAUGAUACUGUGAUAGUCCCCUGGGGUGCAUCAGCUGCAGAUGGAACCCCAUGCAAUUUGGGUACAAAUGAUAUGUGCAUAUCCGGUAUCUGUAGGAAAGUUGGUUGCGACUGGGUGGUUGAUUCGGAAACUGUGGAGGAUCAGUGUGGAGUGUGUGGUGGGAAUGGGGAGACCUGCACCGUGAUUAAGGGUGACUUCAACAAGAGACUCAACAUAUCGGAGGGAUACUACCAGAUAACGACAAUUCCCGCCUGGUCCAGGAAUAUUCAUGUUGAGGAAGUCGGGCCAUCUAAGAACUACUUAAGUAUCGGAAAAGCAGGAACUGAAGAAUUCUACCUCAAUGGAGAUAGGCUGAUUUACUUUUCAGGGGAAUACGACAUUGCUGGUGCGAAGGGAUUGUACGAUAGAAAUGUUGACAAGGAUAAGGAAGUCCUUACAAUUCCUGGUCCAAUUAAGGAAGACAUCAUACUUUAUGUUCUCAUGAAGGGAAAACAUAAAAAUGUUGGUCUCAAAUACGAAUACACCCUUCCGUCAAAUGCUACAGCUCCACCGAUUUUCCGGUGGAAAUUGGGUGAUUGGACUGCUUGUUCGGCAACAUGUGGAGGUGGGGUUCACUUCCGCUUCCCAAUUUGUUUUCAAGACAAUAAAGGAAUUGUGGAUGAGGAGCUUUGUUGGUCAAAUGCCGACGAUCCACGUCCGAAUCAAAUAAAGGAAGUUUGCAAUGAGGACAUGUGUCCAGCACAUUGGUGGGUGGGUCCUUGGCAACUCUGCCCUGUUACCUGUGUCAAGCGUGGGGAUCCCAAUCCUGUGAAACGACGAUCAAUAAUGUGUGUGAAUGAAUACGAAAUGGCUCUCCCGGAUUCCAGUUGCAAUGAAAGUGAACGACCCUCAGACACAAUGCCCUGUGGUCAGGUAAUUCCCACUUGUAGCGAAUCAAAUGAGGAGCUAGAAGGUGAGAAGGUACCCAAUGAGGAGACGAGCAACAAUGUAAUUUAAUCCAGACAAUCCUUUUCGCUCUCAAGAGAUUAUUUCUAUGUUAUAUUAACAUUUUUUCCCCGAGCGAUUCUACUUAAGAAUAAAAUGUCCUUUUUUGCUGCGAAUUUCACCUAUUUACCUGAAGAAAUCCUUUUCCUAGGCGUACAAAUAUUAUAGACUUAUACAUUCUGUAAGAGUGCCAGUGAAGAAAUAUAAGAAUUUUUUAAAACCUCAA